UUCCAGCCAUCAUUGUCCUUUCAGGUGCUCUGCAGGACCUCACAAUCCAAAAGCAGCUGACAGCCAUGAAGAUCCUCUACCUGCUCUUCGCUGUCUUCCUCCUCCUCUUCCAGGCUACUUCAGGUUCUGCAGACCCUCUUUUUGAGGACACCAUCCAGUGCCGGGGCCAGGGAAAAUUCUGCCGUGCCGGGGAGUGCCCACCCACCUUCGCUGCCACGGGGACGUGCCACGGGGGACUGAUGAACUGCUGCUCCAAGUAG